UAAAAUGGUGAAAAACCAAAAAUGAAUGACCAAAUGCGAAGACCGGAGCAAAUUUCUCCUAAAUCUAGCCCUCGUGGCUCAAUUUCUCCGGCAUAUCAAAGGCCAGAUUCAUCAGGAACUUUGAAGACAACCAUCAGCUUAGGAAAAGUCCCUUCAGUGAUUCAUUCGGGUCCAUUUUACUUGAUGAAAGAAAUGCCAAUUUCUACUGCGGAGAAGACAGAGUUGACGGGCUGUACAAACUUGAUAGACUACCAUGGCCUUGAACACACCUACAAUAAGUUUUGCAACAAGAAAGGCAAAGAGGAGCUGAGUUCUUUCCUGCCUCAUCUCCCUGGCUAUAUUGAUGCUCCCGGAAUACAAGAUAACAGUUCCUUGCACUCCCUGAUAGAGAAGCCUCCGAUCACUGGCAAGGAGAUGAACCUGUUGUCCAACACAGCCCUCGCCAGUUUCAGACUCCAUCCUGGCCCGUUACCGGAGCAGUAUAAGUUCAUGAGUCAGAUGCCCACGAAGAAGAAACACAAACACAAACGGAAACGAGAGUCUACAGCUAAUGGUAGCAUUCCUGAAUCAGCCGAUAAUGCUGAUGGUGGGUCACACGAGAAGCCCGCAAAGCACAAGAAGGGCGGGAAGAGUGCAGAGGAGAGCAGCAAGGAGAAGGAGAAGAAAGAUAGCAAGAAGAGGAACAAGAAGAAGAAAAAGAAGGGCAGGGAGAAAGAUGAAGAUCCAGCAUCAUGAACCUGACUGCUUAUGAGAUGUACAAUGGUCUAUGUGUGAACACUGAAUGAUUCUGUGAUGGAUCUCAAUGCCAGCAUGGAGAUGCUCCACCGAGUGCUAUACUGUUCAAAGGAUACACUUUAUUUUGUAUCCAAGUGCAAUGGCAAAAAUGUUCUUCAAGUUAGAAGAAAUUAUAGGGCUCAUUGUAAAAAAUCACAAAUAUACCGCAGCAGAUGUGAAGUGCAAUAUAAAAGAAAUCUUCCGUGGCAAUCUCAGACGCUUUAAAGAAAAAAAUCAAAUCAUGUACUGUCAAGAUUAUGAAACCAUAUCUUUUGUUUUACACUAAAUACAUUUAGAAACAAAUCUUGUGUUCUGAUGCAAAAUUGUGAAGCUCAACCUGUGUUAAAUUACACUGAUGUAUAGGAAUUGGUGUGGUAUUUUAUGGACAAGUUAAAUCAUUUAAAGUUGUAGUACAAGACUUUUUUCAUGAUCUAAACAGAUUCACCUGCUAAUACUUUCCUCAUCAUGGAAAGUCUGUUGAGCUUUACAGGGCAUAUACUUGUAUUUCGUGUAAAAAUGUUUUGAAUGUUUUGUUUAUGACAUAUUUUUAUGCCCCCAAAGGUGGGCAUAUUAAAAUCGCACCGUCCGUCCGUCCGGCUCUGUAACUUUCCCUUGUAUGGACAGAUUUUAAAAUAACUUGCCACAUGUGUUCCACAUACCAAGACGACGUGUGGCGUGCAAGACUCGUGUCCCUACCUCAAAGGUCAAGGUCACACUUAGUGUUUAUUCACAAUGGAGUGCUGCAUAUAAGGACAUAGAGUAUAGGUUGUUGUGUCCGGGCUGUAACUUUCUCUUGUAUGGACAGAUUUUAAAAUAACUUGCCACAUGUGUACCACAUACCAAGUCGACGUGUCGCGUGCAAGACCCGUGUCCCUACCUCAAAGGUCAAGGUCACACUUAGUGUUUAUUCACAAUGGAGUGCUGCAUAUAAGGACAUAGAGUACAGGUUGUUGUGUCCGGGCUGUAACUUUCCCUUGUAUGGACAGAUUUUAAAAUAACUUGCCACAUGUGUUCCACAUACCAAGACGACGUGUCGCGUGCAAGACCCGUGUCCCUACCUCAAAGGUCAAGGUCACACUUACUGUUUAUUCACAAUGGAGUGCUGCAUAUAAGGACAUAGAGUAUAGGUUGUCGUGUCCGGGCUGUAACUUUCUCUUGUAUGGACAGAUUUUAAAAUAACUUGCCACAUGUGUUCCACAUACCAAGACGACGUGUCGCAUGCAAGACCCGUGUCCCUACCUCAAAGGUCAAGGUCACACUUAGUGUUUAUUUACAAUGGAGUGCUGCAUAUAAGGACAUAGAGUAUAGGUUGUCGUGUCCGGGCUGUAACUUUCCCUUGUAUGGACAGAUUUUAAAACAACUUGCCAAAUGUGUUCCACAUACCAAGACGACGUGUCGCAUGCAAAACCCGUGUCCCUACCUCAAAGGUCAAGGUCACACUUAGAGUUUAUUUACAAUGGAGUGCUGCAUAUAACUACAAGUAUAGGUUGUCGUGUCCGGCCUGUAACUUUCCCUUCUAUGGACAGAUUUUAAAAUAACUUGCCACAUGUGUUCCACAUACCAAGACGACGUGUCGCCUGCAAGACCAGUGUCCCUACCUCAAAGGUCAAGGUCACACUUAGUGUUUAUUCACAAUGGAGUGCUGCAUAUAAGGACAUAGAGUAUAGGUUGUCGUGUCCAGGCUGUAACUUUCUCUUGUAUGGACAGAUUUUAAAAUAACUUGCCACAUGUGUUCCACAUACCAAGACGACGUGUCGUGUGCAAGACCCGUGUCCCUGCCUCAAAGGUCAAGGUCACACAUAGUGUUUAAUCAUAAUGGAGUGCUGCAUAUAAGGACAUAGAGUAUAGGUUGUCGUGUCCGGGCUGUAACUUUCCCUUGUAUGGACAGAUUUUAAAAAAACUUGCCACAUGUGUUCCACAUACCAAGACGACGUGUCGCGUGCAAGACCCGUGUCCCUACCUCAAAGGUCAAAGUCACAUUUAGUGUUUAUUCACAAUGGAGUGCUGCAUAUAAGGACAUAGAGUAUAGGUUGUUGUGUCAGGGCUGUUACUUUCCCUUGUAUGGACAGAUUUUAAAAUCACUUGCUACAUGUGUUCCACAUACGAAGACAACGUGUCGUGUGCAAGACCCAUGUCCCUACCUCUAAGGUGAAAGAUACACUAAGUGUUUAUUCACAAGGGAAUUCUGAAUAUAAGGACAUAACAGUGUAGGUUGUCAAGUAUUGGUGGUAUUUUUUUAUGUUCAGAGGCAAUUUAAAAUAACUUGCCAUAUGUAUUUGACACGUAAAGGCAAGAUCAACUUUUCACGUACUGACCUUGUUCGUAGGUCAAUGUCACAUUCGGGGGCAUUCGUCACAUACUGUGACAGCUCUUGUUUAACUAUAAUUUGUAUAUUGUAAAUAAAGAUAAGUUAAAAUA